AUGCACUAUUUCGAAGCUCCUUACCGCCGUCGCUGCUUCAAGGUUUUGACCUACAGCGGUCCUGGCUGUACUGGCAACGUGCAGGAUGUCGUCGUCGAUGGUGGUGCAGCCUGCGAUGGCUCAGUCCAACCAUUCCAGUCUUAUAAGGAAAACGGAUGGGGAAAGAGUAACGGGCAGAGAAUUGCGUUCUACAGCGAGCCCGGAUGCACUACGCAGUCAUUUAUAUAUGACACGUACUCUUACAAUGGAGAUUAUUUCCACUCAGGCCAAUGCUACGAUAUCGACGGCCAUUCGCCUGUGCACGUCGCUCAGGGUAUGAAGCUCUAUUAG